UAAUUUCAUCAAGUUUAUUUACGAAAAAUUUCAUUUGGUAUACACAUUUCAAAAAUCGCUUUGUAAAAUAUUUAAAAUAAUUUAAUACAAAAAAUCGAUAUUCUAUUCAAUGCACCGACAAUUUACCACCAUUUCAAUGAUUUCCGUUAUAAAAAAAAUAACAGUACACUCCUUUUAAAGUUGUUUACCUCAUAACACUAAGUCAACCAAGUAACAAAACAACUGGAAGAUUUGAAAUUCGAAAAAAUCUUAGUUCUCGCCUUCAUCACCUUCCUCCUCCUCGUCGAAUUCGCCCUCCUCUUCAGCGGUCGCGUCUUGGUACUGUUGGUACUCGGACACCAAAUCGUUCAUGUUGCUCUCGGCCUCAGUGAACUCCAUCUCGUCCAUUCCCUCGCCGGUGUACCAAUGCAAGAAAGCCUUCCUUCUGAACAUCGCCGUAAACUGCUCGGAUAUCCUCUUAAACAGCUCCUGUAUGCAAGUCGAGUUACCUAUAAACGUCGACGACAUCUUCAAACCUCUGGGAGGAAUAUCACAAACGGCAGUCUUCACGUUGUUCGGUAUCCAUUCCACGAAGUAGCUGCUGUUCUUGUUCUGAAUGUUCAACAUCUGCUCGUCCACCUCCUUCAUAGACAUCCUGCCCCUGAAGAUGGCGGCCACAGUCAGGUAGCGGCCGUGUCUCGGGUCGCAAGCGGCCAUCAUGUUCUUGGCGUCGAACAUUUGCAAUACCAAUUCGGGCACGGUGAGCGCCCUGUAUUGCUGGCUGCCCCUCGACGUAAGAGGCGCGAAGCCGGGCAUGAAGAAGUGCAAUCGCGGAAAAGGCACCAUGUUUACAGCCAGCUUUCUCAAAUCAGAGUUCAAUUGACCGGGGAAUCGUAGACAGGUAGUAACGCCGGACAUCGUAGCAGAUACCAAAUGGUUCAAGUCUCCGUACGUAGGGGUAGUGAGCUUCAAAGUUCUAAAGCAAAUGUCGUACAGGGCCUCGUUGUCUAUGCAGUAGGUUUCGUCGGUGUUCUCAACCAAUUGGUGUACGGACAAGGUUGCAUUGUACGGUUCAACGACAGUGUCAGAUACUUUAGGCGACGGUACAACCGAGAAAGUGUUCAUAAUCCUAUCGGGGUAUUCCUCGCGAAUCUUCGAAAUGAGCAACGUACCCAAGCCGGAACCGGUGCCGCCUCCCAGAGAGUGGGUCAACUGGAAGCCCUGCAUGCAAUCGCACCCUUCCGCCUCCUUUCUCACCACGUCCAAGACGGAGUCCACCAGUUCGGCGCCUUCCGUGUAGUGGCCUUUCGCCCAGUUGUUGCCGGCUCCGCUCUGGCCGAACACGAAGUUGUCGGGUCGGAAUAUCUGGCCGAAGGGCCCCGAUCGAACCGAAUCCAUCGUGCCGGGCUCCAGGUCGACGAGCACGGCCCUCGGCACGUACUUGCCGCCCGUCGCUUCGUUGUAGUACACAUUUAUGCGUUCUAAUUGUAGAUCGGAAUCGCCAUGAUAGGUUCCCGUCGGGUCUAUUCCGUGCUCGUCUGAGAUUACUUCCCAAAACUGAAAAAAAUUCACACGGUUUCGUGUUAAUAAUAUCGCGGGGCGAACGCUCGUAUGUGAAAUUAAACUUACUUUAGCUCCUAUUUGAUUUCCACAUUGGCCCGCUUGAAUAUGAACAAUUUCUCUCAUUUUACGUUAUUUUUUAAAAUCUUAUCUUAAUAAUAUUAUUUAAACGAAUUCCUACUGUUAAGGUGAUGUUUGUUUUCGUUACUAGGUGAUGAAAUUGUUUCAAAUGCCACCCCUGUUUUCUUGCAUCACGACUCAUCAAUUAUACUCCCCAAAAUAAACAAUUGAACAAAUAAUAUGUACAGUAUGUUGAAAAAAAAAUAAAAUAAAAUAUAAAAAAAAUUUGUAAUAAUCUCAAAUAUAGUUAUUUAGGAAACAAUGCAAUAAAAUGUAAAAAAUAGGGGAUAUUUUAUCCUAAUACACCAUAACAAAUCAGCUGCGUCCUGUAGUACCCGUUAAACAGUGGAAAUAAGGGUAACUUCUUUGCCGGUUUUCUUCAGCACCUCCAGGAUUUCUUCGGCACUCAGCGAUGAUUUUACCUUCACUUUUUGUUCCUCUAAACUAAUGUCGACUUCAUCGACGCCUUUCCCCUUUAAUUUGCCCAAAACUCUAUCUACUGCUCCGGAACACCCCUCGCAAGUCAUUUUAACGUUGAAUUCGUAGACGUUGGCCAUCUCGCUUCGAUUUACCACUCAAAAAUUGUAUUUUACUAUUAAUACUUCGGCGAAUAUUUAAAAUAUUUAGGAGAUAACUCGCCGAUUUAACCAAUCUUUUAUCUUUUUAUUUGUAAUUGUAAUUUAACAUGGCUGACCUCCAAGUGUUACCAACUUUAACAAAUGUUACUAAAUUAAAAGUGCCUAUUAUCAUAUUCAUAAGAGACCAAAAUUUGCAUAAAAAAGAAGCUCAACUUCGACAACGUCAAAAUCAACUGAUUGCGUGAGUAUCGAAAAACAAAAUUAUUUUGAAAAUCAAAUGUGGUGGAAGGGUGUUAGUUAAAAUUGUUGUAAAUUAAAAUGAGAAUUGUCCGCAGUUUUUAUGUCGUACCUAGCUAACCCCGUGUUUAUGACAAUUAGCAAAAAGAAUAUAAUCAAAUAUUUUCAUGGAUAUUCGAAUAAAUUAGGUUUUUCCAGAAUUUUGAGCAUGUCAACUAAUUUAAAUUCGGCAACAAAUAUUUUCAAUGGAAAAGUGGACAGAUACAAAGGAAUUAUCAUAGACUCACAAAACGAAGGCAAUGUGGAUUUUACGGAAUUUUCCAAAAGACUCACCGAUUCUCUCAAAGUUUGGUCGGAUAAUGAAUACCGAGGCAUUUGGUUUAAAGUCCAUUUAAACCAAUCGGACUGGGUGCCCGAAUUGGCUAAAAACGGCUUCAAAUACCACCACGCCAAAGAGGAGUACGUCAUGAUGUACAAAUGGCUCCCGAAAACCGAAAACUGCAACAUACCCCCUUUCGCUCACACCAUGCUCGGCGUCGGAGCAGUAGUCACCAACGACGCCAACGAAUUACUAAUAGUCCAAGAAAAAUACAAAAUCAGCGACACGUUUCGCUACAAAUUGCCGGGGGGCUAUGUCGAACCAGGCGAGAACAUAGUAGACGCUGCCAUAAGGGAAGUACACGAGGAAACCAACGUAAUGACGGAGUUCCAGAGCGUGUUGACUCUGAGGCACACCCACGGGUCCCAGUACAAUUGCUCUGACGUCUAUGUAGUGGUGCAUUUGAAGGCGUUGAGUAAGGAGAUAACGAAAUGCGAGAGGGAAAUCGCCGAGGCGAGGUGGAUGGGUACCGAGGAGUUUCUGAGGCAUUCGGGCGUGACGCAGUUGAACAAAUUUUUCGUUAGGAAGUAUUUGGAAUAUAAGGAGAACGGUAUCAAGAUAAAUUGCUUCCAUGGGGUACACGAGAUCCUGAAUAAAGCGUACACGAUGUAUUCGGUGACUAAAAACAAUAAGGACGAUCACGAGAAGGAUUUGGAGAAUUUAAAGACCAAAAUGUAGUAACUAAAAUUGUAAAAUUUUACUUAAAGUAAAGCGAUUUUUUCACUCGG